CACAUGAGCGCACAUGAGCGCCUCCCGCCCGGACACUGCACCAGUGGACGGUAACGUGCCUGAGCUGCGGCUGCUCGUUCCCGACACCGCGUCCCGCUGCAGACUUCCCACCCCCGGUCCCGGUCCCGCUCCCAGUACCAGGGAGGAGAAGGUUGAACCGGAAAAACGCCUGGAGUCAUGGCCGAGUCCAACCCACUGCGGGGGUUCCCCCGUCUGCGCCGGGCCGCGACAUCAUUUCCAGGCAAUCUGCAUUUGGUCUUGGUGCUCAAUCCCAGCAGCCUGUUAGGUUCGGCCCCCAGUCCGUCUUCAAGCACCGACCUGGGCUUUCGCUUCAGCCAGGAUGACUUCCUGCUGAAAAUGCCGGUGGUGAUGCUGCGCUCAGUCGGAGAACUUCUGCGCUACAUCGAUGAAAACCACCUGACGUCGGACUUCACUGCAAAAGUCGAGGUCUGCCAGAGCGACUGGAUCGUCCUACGCACGUCCAUUGAGACCUUCGCAGUGACAGUGAAGGAGAUCGCGCAGCUCCUGCAGGGCUUUGGAUCCGAACUUUCGGAGACCGAAAUGCCAGACGAAUCAAACGCCAUCGAGUUCCUGCUGCACGCGCACACACAGCGAUACCGACAGAUGAAGGAUGACAUCCGCCGUGUGAUGAAAGAAGGACGCCUCCUUCUGUCCAACCUGCAAACUGUCAAGGCCACAAAGAGAGAUGCGGAGGAGGAGAGGGAAAUACAGACAGACAUGGACACUGUCCAUAGGCUUUUGAAUCAGCUCAGAGACAUGGAGGAGGCAUUUGAUGGCUUCUUUGAGAAACACCACCUGAAGCUGCAGCAGUUUCUCCAGCUGCUGCAGUAUGAAAUCAGCUUCCAGCAGAUGGACGAGGCGCUGGAGCAGGUCUCUGCCCAGGAGAAGGGGAUCGCCUCGGUGGGAACCACGCUGGUUCAAACGGAGCAACUUCUCAAAGACCUGGAGAUGCUGGAUGGACAAGCUGAGGAGGAGAUGGCUCACGCUCAGGUGUUGAUCCUGCACGGUCACCAGUUGGCCACCAACCACCACUACGCCCUGGCCCUCAUCAUCCAGCACUGCAACGAGCUGCGACACCACUGCGACGUCAUCACCAACACCAUACGCACCAAGCGCGCCUCGCUCACUCGGGCCCGAGACCUGCUGCGACGCCUCGAAGAUGCGCUUCGGUGGUGUGAUGAAGGCGCUUAUCUUCUGGCGAGUCAGAUGGUCGACAAGUUUCAGACCAAAGAGGGAGCUCAGGAGGCGCUGCACUACCUGAGCUGUCACCAGGAGAGGGCGCCGUCGGCAGUGAAGAACAACCAUGUAACUCUGAGUCUGGAGUUUGAAGCCAUCCUCACCCCACAGCUGCAGUCCCAAAUCGCCAUGGUAACAGAGAAGCUGAACUCAAUGCAGUCCAUGAUCAGAAACAGGGAGCAGUGUUUGAGGAAGCUGGCAGAUGUGCAGGUCAGACCCAUUCAGCCGGUGGCUCCGAGGCCUGAACCUGACCAGACCUCACAACGCUGCAAGUCCAACCUCUUCUCCCCCAAACAUGGUGUCGACUUAAACGUCCUGAAUUCCAAGUUCUCCUUUGACAUACUCCCUGGCAAGAAAGCGGCGAGGAGGAACAACUGUCAACGCAAGAUUGAGGUGAUGCAUGAUUACCAAGGCAACCGCAGCUGUCUGUAUGGCCCCAAUCCUGAGACUGAUUCAGAGGUGGAAGACAAUCCAGAGCAGGUCACUCGACAUAUUAUAAAGGAGCUGAUUGCUACAGAGAGGAUCUAUGUGGACGAACUUCUCUCUGUCCUUCUGGGCUACCGGGCAGAAAUGGAGGACCCGUCUGUGGCUUAUCUUCUUCCUGCCACUCUGCGCAGCCAGAAGGACGUUCUGUUUGGCAACAUGCCAGAGAUUUACCAGUUUCACAGCAGGAUGUUUCUUCAAGAUCUGCAGCGAUGCCUGGAGACGCCAGAGAGGGUGGGGGCCUGCUUCUUACAGCGGAAAGAGAAGUUCCAGGUGUACGAGCGUUACUGCCAAAACAAGCCUCGCUCCGAGUUGCUAUGGAGACAGUGCUCCGAUUCGCCCUUCUUCCAGGACUGCCAGAAGAAGUUGGAUCACAAACUGGGUUUGGGCUCUUACCUCCUGAAACCAGUCCAACGUCUCACCAAGUACCAGCUGCUACUCAAGGAGCUGCUGAAGCACUGCACCGAGGCGCGAUACCGCUGUGAACUCCAGGAGGCGCUGGACGCCAUGCUGGAGCUGCUGAAGUCUGUCAACGACUCCAUGCAUCAGAUCGCCAUCACUGGAUAUCAGGGUGACCUCAGCCAGCUGGGCCGCAUGGUGAUGCAGGGAAGCUUCAGUGUGUGGAUCAGCCACAAGAGGGCAGCGGUGCGAAUGAAAGAGUUGGCCAGAUUCAAACCCAUGCAGAGGCAUCUGUUCCUCUAUGACCACGCGCUGCUCUUCUGCAAGCGCAGGGACGAGGACAACCACGACAGGACGCCCUUCUACAGCUUCAAGUCCUGCCUCAGAAUGAGCUCAGUGGGAAUCACAGAAACUGUGAAAGGAGAUGUGAAGAAAUUUGAGAUCUGGUACAGUGGCAGAGAAGUCGUCUACAUAGUUCAGGCUCCAACAGUGGAGGUCAAAGUCGCCUGGCUGACGGAGAUCCGAAAAAUUCUCACCAAUCAGCUGAAACUGGGUGAAGGUCGUCCACUUCCAGGCAGCCAUGUUUCUGACAGUGCAUCACGAGUGUGCGUGUCGUGGGGCGGAGCACCGGUGGGAGGCUGCUCAGCGUGUCUCCCUGUUCCUCACAGCUCAUCUGCAACAAGCCACUCCCACAGGCUCCGGGGGGAGGAGUCAGAGCACAGCAGUCCAGCCCACUCAGACCCUGUGGUUCACUCACCGCAACGCAGUUGGCAUGUCCCCGCACACACGGUGGCGAUCUGUGAAGGCCUGGAGGACUGGGGCGCGACGGAUCUCUCCAACCUUUCAGACUCCGAUGAGGACGAGGAGGAUCAGCCCACUCCACUGGUGGCGGGCAGAUACAGAGUCAUGGUCGAGAGCAGCAUGGCCAGCACUGAUGACAUCAUUUUUAAUUGUGGCGAUGUCAUCCAGUUGCUCCACGAGGACUCGUCAGGAAUGUGGAUGGUGAGGAACAUAAGUCGUGGUGAAGAAGGACGCGUUCUGCCCGAAGACCUGCACAGAAUUUUGGGAGAAACCUGCUGAGAGCCAAUCAGAACUCAGGACAAAGCCUGUUUUUUCCGUUCUCCUUCGCCACCUGGCUUUCUCUCACUAAAUACACAAACACGCUGACGUUCUCACAUAUACCAUCGACGUCCUGACCAACGUGUGACUCGUUCCUCCUGAGAUUUAAGCACAAACUUCACACUCUGAACUGUUCAUCUCAGAAAGCUGUAAAAUACAGAACAGACUGAACUUCACAAGCCUUAUUUUUUUAUUUAUCUGUUAACACAGAAUGUUGAACAGGGUGCACUGUUUUAAUUUAUCGUUUUUUUUUUUUAAUCAUUUCUAUUUUCUGACGAAUGACCACAGAAAGUGUGCAUAUGCCGACUGACAUAUCAUCACAGCUCAUGUGCCAAACAGCAGAUCAUCUCAUUGUUUUGUACACACUAAAAAUGUCCUUUGUAAGAAAUAGCUUGAUCUUUUGUUUUGAAUGGAUUUAAAUGGUCGACCUGCAGCAGCCAGCUCCAUCAUCAUGUGAUGUAAAACUAUCAGCAUCUGCAAGAUGGGACUCCAACAUAUGUGUAUCAUGAUGCAUAUAUAAUAUGUAUAAUAGUAAUAAUAAUGCAGUUUUAGACGUUUGUUUUGCUCUGUGAGGGAUGUACAUGUGGUAACACCACUGUCCUUUAUCAUUUUUAACACCUCAUCAGUUGGAUUCUUGCGUUAUGGCUCAGUGAGGAAUUGUAAGUGUUAAUAUUUGUACAUUUGCUUCUCCUGUUUUUUUAUUGACAGUCCUCAACAUGAGCUAUCAGGGUCUGAGAAAACCGCCGUACACUUGCACAGGUUAAAUGCAGAGCGGGUAGACGUUGUUGAAAACUGUGUUGGAAUAUGCAGGUAUUUCAUAUUUAAUCUUAAUUUGUUUUUGUCAUGUUUUUGCUCGUGAAAAUGCGUUGUUAUUUGUGUUUUAGCACCUCUGAGCUUUGACCGGUGCCUUUGCUGUAUAGUUACCGCUGCUAUUAUGAACACGUUUCUUGUUAGUUUGCUGCUCUGCAUGGACAAACCCCUGCAAAAUGCCCACUGCUGUCGAUCACGCUGCUCAUUUACACCGACAGGGAAACUAUGCUCAGUGUUGAGUUAGAAUAGAGUAGACUUAGAAUUACCAACUGAAAUAAUACAGUUACAGUGUGAGUUAUACCAAGAUUUGAGGGGCUGAAUUAAAAGAAAGUCAGGGUUUUAAUAGUUCCCCCUCUGGCUUUACAUUGUAAAAAUAAAAAAGCAAUACUUUUAAAGCUUUUAAACUCAGUAUAACAGUGGUGGUUAUGAAAACACUGUGUCAUAAAUACUCACAGCCUGUACGUCAAACUUACAGUAAACUGCAAGUGCAUAGAACUUAACAUUUGGCAUGUAAAUGCUAACAUUUGUCUGUUAUUAUCUAUCAAAUAACAACGGUGCAUUAGUUUGCUACAGAGUUCACUCACAGCAUAUCUGUUUAGUUAACAGUGAGUCAUUUUAAUUUAUGCGUUCUUAUUUACAUUGACUCACAGUGGCAUCACUUUGGUUUGAUGAGCGAUGCUGUAACGUGAUGCUGCCUUUGCACUUUUUUGAUAUUUCGAAAUCAUCAAUCCGUCCGAGCCUGUAUGAUACCGCACAAUGUACUAUAUGAUUAUUUUACAAAAUAAAAGCACAGAAUUGUUUAAUUUGAAUAAACCAAAAUGAUGCGAUUUCUUUUUUCUUCUUCUGUGAAAUCCUCCGCACAUCUGAUGUUCAUCUGAGAUUUCCUUCUCCGACUAAUGUUGCCUGAUUAUACAACCUCCUGUCGGGACUAUGAUUGCGUGUGCAGAUUGCAAAUGAUUGACACCUCCUUAACUUAACUAUUAGGUUAAUUGCAAGGACAACUUAAUUCAUGGGGCUUUUAAAAAGAUAUUAGUUUAGGUU